AUGUGCAGUGAAGCCAUACUCAGGCAAGUUUGGGUAGUGCGUCUCACAAGUUAUAAUGCAUAUGCCGUAUUGACAGUGAUGGUCUGGGACCUCCUUUUGACCAUCGAGGAUGAAAUCGAGUACAUAUGGUCUUACAACAUAUUCUUCGUCUCGUGGAUGGUCGCUGGAGUUGCAAUUCACCACUGUAAAGCUUGGAUCAUAUAUCAGAGUGUAGUGGUGCAAAUGAUGUUGGUGCUUGUGGAUGGAUUGCUUAUGACGAGAGUUUACGCGCUGUGGAAUGGUAGUCGAAAGAUAGCUACUAUACUGACAACGGAACUCAUCAUCGAAAUCAGCUGCAUGUGCACCAGCACAUUUUUCAUAAUGUCUGACUUUCGCCCGGGUCCCAUGUGUCUCUUCGAUAGGGCUCCCCCACAAAUUAUAUAUUUUUCAGUUUCAGCAGCUGUGACUCAGAUUACCCUGGUGGUCCUCACGGGGUGGAAACAGUUCACUGCCUCACGUUACGGUUGGGGCCGAACGCCGCUUGUGUCCCUAGUGUUGAGGGAUGGGAGCUUUACAGCCAUUGUAAACCUUACCAUAUUUUGUUUUCCACUAAUGAAUAUUCUCCUGGAGAUAGAUACAAAUGAUAUUAUCUUUUAUUGGCUCUUAUCUAUUCUUUCGAUUUGUAAGCAGGGCUGCAGGCUUAUCCUAAACAUACAUCGUCUUUCUUCCACUGGAUUUACCGGGGAAAACGAUGACGACGACGCUUUCGCGUUAACAAGCAUGUUUAGUUUUCUCGGUGUCAGUGACUCAGACUCAAAGCAUUCUUCUACACAAUCUUCUUCUUCAAGUUAA